AACAAAGGCCACUCCCCACUGCCGCACCUCUCCUCUCUUCCCGUCCCGCACACCUUUUCUCUGCCAUCCCGCCUUCCCCACGUUCCCAAGCCCAAGAGUCCUUCGAGGCCUUACACAGCCCGCCCCCCCUGCCUUCCUUCGGUCCUUCCUUUCCUACCCACUGGGGGCCCGCUCUCGGGUGGGGACGCCGACUCAGGUGCUCUCGCAGAGAAUCCGCGGGCCCGGGGUCCUGCCCCACCCACCGGGCCCUCGGACCACGCUCAGCAGAGCACGCAUCAGCCCGCGCGCGCGCCGGGAACCGCGAGGGACCAGGAGCUGCUGUCAGGCCUUCAUCUCUGCACACAAUAAAAGUUCAGCCAAUGCUUGAAUGAGCGAGUGAAUUUUACUUUACGCCAACGUGUGCGUUUUACGUGUCCUACAUCGUGAAGGAAUCAUAUGCAGGAAGCAGCAGCAAAAGUGCUUAGACUCGUGCUUCUUAGAGCCAAACCAAAGACCACAGUGCAAAUGGGAAGCUAUGUCUACCAUACUCUCUUUAUCGAAGGAAUCACUUACUUAUGUGCUACAGACAAUGCCUUGGAUAUGGUAGCACCAUCUGCAUUUCUUAGAGAAGUUAGUGAUACUUUUACAAGAAAUCCUUUGAUGUCACAAGAGCAUUUUUUUCCUUCAAAUGCAGUUGCUGCAGACUUGCAACAAGUGUUAGGACAAUAUAUGAUGAAAUACAAUAAAAAUCAAGGUAACAGCAUGAUUUCCACAAGGAGGAGUCAAAUGAUUGAUAUAAAAAAUGAUAUGAUACAAAAUGUUGAUAUAAUUUUGGAAAAAGAAGCAAGAUUAAAUAUUUUCCUUGAUGAAACAGAUGAUCCCUCAACAACUGACAAGGAAUUCCAAAAAACAACAGAGAUUCCUAGGAGGAUAUGGUGGAAAUACUUCAAAAAGAUUAUCAGACAAGACAGAUCAGCACCCUUCUGUUUGCUGAGAGUUUGGAUGGUUGUUUUUAGGGGACAGAGAAUUUGAAGAAGAAUGUGGGAG